AUGUGCAUCCUGAAGCUGUCAGUUCUACUCAUUGUGCUUGCCCUGGCAUUAAAUCAUCUGGAAGCUAUGCCUAUGGAAAGUCACCAGAUGGAAAAACGGAAGUGCAACACGGCCACAUGUGCCAUUCAACGCUUGGCAAACUUCUUAAUUCAUUUCAGCAACAGUUUUGGUGACGCUUCCUCACCUACCAACGUGGGACCCAACACGUACGGCAAGCGGAACACAGCUGAGGUCUUAAACAGAGAACCCCUGACUGAUUUUCCCCUGUAG